AUGAAGUACAAUUUGAAAAUUACCCUUUACAUCAUUUUUGUAUUUUGGUAUGUGCACGUCGAAGAUCAUCAGAAGUGUGCGACUGUAAAUGCUAAAACUCCCAACUUAAGAAAAGGAUGGUCAAUAACAAAUGGAACCUUACACAAUGGGGGAAAUAAUAUGAAUGGAAAAUAUACUGAUUAUCUGAAUGACACAAUUCAAGGGAAUUCCGAAAUAGGUGCAACAGAGGAAGAAUUAUCCCAACAAUCUGAAGCAGAACCACUAGAUAUGGAAAAACAGGAAAAAAACGAUUCCUUCGCCUAUGGACAAGAUACUAACGAUAAGGACACAGAUGCAGAAAGAGCUAGUACUUCUUCCAGUGGACAAUCCCCCAGUCCUGUCGUCCAUCAACCCGAUAUCAGCCAUACUCCUGUUGGUGUUCAGGAUGCUUCUGUCAGUCCCGUUUCCUCCAGUCCCGACGUUACUGCUGUUGACGGUGAUGCCGAUCCCAGGAGUCCUCCCACAGAAGAACAUCCCGUUGCCGGUUCCACUCAAUCCCAAAUUCCUACUGCUGAAAGCGUAGAACAUGGUCAUGGCCCCUCCGUACACGUUGACACCGAGUCUGGUGUUCGAACGGUCAAAACCGACAAGGAUCAGAGUGCUCAUUCCAAGGGAACAGAGAGUACCGAACAAAAUAAUGAGAACAAAGAGAAUACUACCCCUAAGGAUAGUGUUGAUAAAGUAAUAGAAGAAGUUAGUAAUACACUACAGGAUACACGUAACACAGGUAAGUUUGAUCUGGGUGAUGCUGUCGCCAAUAGUAGGAAAGAUGAUCUCUCUACACCCAGUACACCUGAACCUAAACCUAAUCCAAACCCAGAUGCAGCAGUUUGCUCAGGAAGUUCCAGUGACAUAAAUCCCUAUGGAGUUUGUUUACCAGGCAUCACACAUAGUGGGUGUACUGAAUGGGGAAGUUCCAGUGACAUAAAUCCCUAUGGAGUUUGUUUACCAGGCAUCACACAUAGUGGGUGUACUGAAUGGGGUAGUGAGUCCUCUAGCGGAAAUAAUGGACAAAGUGUAGGAGAUAACGGUCAGACAAAUAAGCAAGCCAGUGAAACAGCCGAUGCAGGUAGUGAUACAAAGAGUGGUGUUCAAGACGUCAUCGCCAAUAGUAGGAAAGAUGAUCUCUCUACACCCAGUACACCUGAACCUAAACCUAAUCCAAACCCAGAUCCAGCAGGUUCCUCAGGAAGUUCCAGUGACAUAAAUCCCUAUGGAGUUUGUUUACCAGGCAUCACACAUAGUGGGUGUACUGAAUGGGGUAGUGAGUCCUCUAGCGCAAAUAACAAGGAGGUUGGCGAAGGUAAAGGCGAUGGACCCAAUGGUGGUGAUGGUGGCGACGGUCAUGCACAAGAGGGUACCAAUGGUGUUACUGAUGCUGCAAACGUAACAAAAGAGAGCGCAGAAAAAAUAAAAGAAGCCUUGAAACAAGCUACAGAUGUGAAUAGGGAAGCAGAUGCAGCUGUAAACGCAGCAAAAGAGAAUAAAGAGGAAGUAAUAAAACAAGAAAAAAUAGCAGUAGAAGCUCUGGAAAAAGCAAAAAAGGCAACCACAGUAGCGGGAGUAGCAAAAGAACAGGCGAAAAAAGCAGUCGAAUCAGCAGAAAAAUCAAAGGAGGAAACAGAAUUAGCGGAGGAAGCAGCAAAAGCUGCGAAGGAAGAAGGAAAGGAAGUAGAAAAAAAAGCACAAGAAGCAGUGGAAAACGCACAUGCAGCGCAAGCACAAUUAAAAAUAGCCGAAGAGGAAUUGGAGACAGCUAAGGGAGCCACAUCGAUGGAAACAUUUAUACAGGCUAAAACGAAAGCUUUUGCGGCGAUAGAAGAAGCAGUUAAGAAAGCCCAGGCAGCCGAAUCUGCAGCCAAUGAAGCAACAGACAAAGCAAAGAACGCGAAAAAAGCUGCGGAGGAGGCACAAAAAAUAGCAGAAGAAUCGGCCAUAAAGAAAAAACACAAAAUUAUAGAAAUUGUGGAAAAGUACUCCGAAGAAGGUCACAAUGAAGUCGAUAAUGACGAACAGGUUCUGAGCGAAAUUGAGGAACAGGGAAACGAAGAAAAAGACCAAGGGGAGGAAGAAGAGGAACAGGAAGAUGAAGAAGUGAACGAUACAUCAUCUGAAAAGGAAGAAGAAUAUGACGACAUCGACAUUGAGGACGAGGAGGAAGAAGAAGAAGAAAUUGAAGAACAGGAACAAGACGAAGAAGAGGAAGCAGGGGAAGACAAAGGAGAAGAGACGGAAAAAGCAGAGUCAGACGACGGAGAAGCUGGCGAAGGAGAGACGAACAUAGAAGAGACGAACACAGAAGAGACGAACACAGAAGAGACGAACACAGGAGGCACGAACACAGGAGGCACGAACACAGAAGAGACGAACACAGGAGGCACGAACACAGAAGAGGAGAAAGAAGAAGAGGAGAACGCAGAAGAGGAGAACGCAGAAGAGGCGAACACAGGAGGCACGAACACAGAAGAGACGAACACAGGAGACACGAACACAGAAGAGACGAACACAGGAGACACGAACAAAGGAGAGGUAGAAGAGCAAAAACAAGAAGGAAAGAAAAAGGCAGAUAACCCGCCCCCUAGUGACACUGCGCCUCAAGCCAAAAAUCAAAUGGGUGUACUGAAUGGGGUAGUGAGUCCUCUAGCGGAAAUAAUGGACAAAGUGUAG